AUGAAUAUUACUGGAUUUCCAAGGAGUUUAGUGUAUGCCUGCAGCCUGCUGACCUGCACCUGCGCACCACAAUUAAAUUCUAUGCUGAGCGCACGCGCCUUAAAUCCCAUCCUCUCUUCUCCUUCGCUCAUCAAAGCUAAACCUGAAGACGACAUAUCUGUGGAAUGCCGCGUAAAGUUUUCUGAGGAGCAACUACAACAUGUACCAACACUUCAAUGGGUUUACUCUUCACUAAGAUACAGAGAUAUGGAUACAGAACACCUGCUUCGGGAGAUACAGCUUCAGCCUCAAGGUGCAGGGGUAGGGGGUAGUGUCCAAGGGGUUCCAGGGGGGCAUGAGAUCCAGGCUGAUUGGAAAGAAGUGUUGUUUGAGAAGAGUGAAGGAGAAGGAAGGGUGGGUGUGUGGACCCUACAUCUAAAAAAUAUCCAGGAAAAUAACGAGGGAAGAUAUUCAUGUAAGGUUAUGGUUGAAAACUCUCAACAAACCUUCUCCCGGGAAACUCUAGUUACUGUCAAGAAUAAAAAGGUAUCCCAGUCCAGGGAUAGUGAUAAAUAUGUACUUUACAAGAAAGCUGGAGGUAACGUUACCCUAGAUUGUCUCGACAUGGAGGGAAGGGAUGGAGCCAAUAUAUCAGGAAUACCAGUCUGGAGAAAGAAUGGAGAAGUUAUUGUUGAGAAUGGAACCCAGUUGAAACUUAUUAGGGUUGAUAAAGAAGAUUCAGGUGUUUACCACUGUGUGGUGUCAGGGUACAAUAAGAAUAUCACGGUCCAGGUUCAACAUGCACCUAGCGUUUUACCUCUACGAGAAACAGUAAAACAGUAUCCUGGGUUUUCUGUAUCCAUGAGCUGCAAGGUGACCAGCCUUCCUGUUCCACUGAUAAGAUGGUACAAGAUCCAAAGCAGUGCAGACGAGAGUACACCUGCAGUACAGUACAUUCCUGUAAUCAUUCAGUCAAACAACAAUAUCUCAAUACACCUAGAUGACUAUAAGGAUGGAAUGAUUAUAUCUCGACUACAGUUCCUGUCAGUGUCAGCUCAAGAUUACGGAACAUAUUCAUGCAAUGCAUCAAACUUAUUGGGGAAGGUAACAUUUUUUACAACAAUAAUGAUAAAAAUGAUAUUUAAUAAUUAUAAUAAACAGAGCGAAGGUUGA